GCAACCGUAUCAUUUAAUUGUUUGGUUAAAAAGUAAACAAAUAAGAAAAGGAAAGAAAGCAGAACUUGAAAUUUGAAGCUAAUUUAGUUUUUCGUUGUUUUUUAUUACGAUAUUAUUUCAUAUUGAACAUACAUGAGCUACAAUAUAUAUUUAUUUAGAAGAAUUUCUGUAAAUUAUCAUGGUUGAGUUAGGUAUUAAUUUAGAUGCAUUGAACUCUGGAUUAAAGGCAGUUAAAUCUCUUAGAAGUACUGUACUGGAAGUGUUCAAAUAUUUAGGUGACGGAGCCACAGUUGCAUUUGGCGAUGAAGAAAGAGAAAAAUUCAUCAAUGAAUCUCAAAGCAUAUUAACAAACGUCAGAGUACGAAUGAGAGAAUUGGAAACUGCUUGUACUCUUUUGGGAUCACCUAAUCCACCAAUGAACUUAGGGAACUCUGGAUUACUAAGUCAAGAUCCAGCUUACGAAAAAACUUCUUUAUAUUCAGAACUAAUUAGAUCUCACCGGUGGUUUGACAAAACAAUAGAACUUAGUAUGCAUGCCAAUACAAUUUUCACUCAAAAUUCUCUCAAGCGAAGUUAUUUCACUCCUCUUCAACCAAAGCGGUUUCGGCCGAAGCCCACAGGUCAUAACCUUCCACCUCAAACUGUUGACUUAACAACUACUCAAUUAACACGCAUGUUUCCAGAUAUGCAGUUACAAGUACUGAAACCUUAUGGAUCAUCUACUAUUAUUUUGGUGACAGUUGCUCGAACUUUGAAAGCUUUAAUAAUGUUGAGAGGCCUCAUCAUUGACUGGAUCAUAGUUAAAGGAUUCAAUGAAGAUUUUUACACAGAAAAUGACAAACUUGAUAUGUGGUCUGGAUCACGAUACCAUGUUUUUCAAAAGGUCACUGAGCACGCUAAUUCAGCUAUGCUGCAUUUUUAUUCUCCAAAUGUUCCCGACAUUGCAGUGAGGUCUUAUAUGACUUGGCUUAGAAGUUAUUCUACUUUAUUUACUCAUCCAUGCAGAAAAUGUGGUAAUCGUCUUCACAGUAAUAUGCCCCCCACUUGGCGAGAUGUUAGAAACCUUGAUGUGUAUCAUGAUGUUUGUAAACCUUGAAAAGAGGUUUUUUCCUCUCCAUAUCUUUGUAUUUAUUUCUUUUGGUAUAAACAAAUAAAUUAUAUUUCUAUUUGUGUUCUUAAAAA